UCUAUUUGCUGUGUGGAGAAUGGACUGGAAAAGAGAAAGAAGUGGGAGUCCAUGCAGGAAACUGUUGCAGAAGCCCAGAGUGGAUGAGCCCAGACUGGCUGAGAAUAAAAAGACACGGAUUGUGGGAACGCCGACACCGAGCAUUUAGAAUGAACCUGGAACCUGCCGAGCACAGCGGCAUGGGCGGGAAAGCCCAGAACGGCAGCCGAGGCGCCCCCCGCAGAGCGCUGCCCGCAGCCCUGGGGCUGCUGCUACCCAUGGCCCUCCUGAACGCGCUCCUCUACCUCUGCCUGGCCUGGGUUUUCAUCGCCCCUCCCCGCUCCGCGCCAGCCUCCACCCACUGUCCCCGCGGACACUUCAGAAUGGGACAGAUGAAAAACUGUUCACCGUGGCUGUCCUGCGAGGAGCUGAGGACCGAAGUGAGGCCGCUGAAGCGUGUCGGGGAAGGAGCCGUGAAGAGAGUCUUUCUGUCUGAGUGGAAGGAGCGCAAAGUGGCGCUCUCGAGGCUCACGAGUCUGGAGAUGAAAGACGACUUCCUGCACGGGCUGCAGAUGCUGAAAGGUCUGCAGAGUAAACACGUGGUCACCCUGCUUGGCUACUGUGAGGACGACAACACCAUACUGACCGAGUAUCACCCCUUGGGCUCCUUGAGCAAUCUGGAAGCAAUGCUAAACCUUUCCAAGUACCAGAACGUGAACACAUGGCAGCGCAGGCUGCAGAUGGCCGUGGACUACGUCAGCAUCAUCCACUACUUGCACCACAGCCCCCUGGGCACGCGGGUCAUGUGCGACUCCAGCGACCUGCCCAAGACGCUGUCGCAGUAUCUGCUGACCAGUAACUUCAGCCUCGUGGUGAACGACCUGGACGCCUUGCCCCUGGUGAACCGCAGCUCCAGGACGUUGGUCAAGUGUGGCCACCGGGAGCUGCACGGGGACUUCGUGGCUCCAGAGCAGCUGUGGCCCUAUGGGGAAGACACGCCUUUUGACGAUGACCUCAUGCCCUCCUAUGACGAGAAGAUCGACAUCUGGAAGAUUCCAGACGUCUCUAGUUUCCUUUUGGGGCACGUUGAAGGGAGCGAUAUGGUCCGGUUUCAUUUGUUUGAUAUUCAUAAAGCCUGUAAGAGCCAGACUCCUGCAGAGCGACCCACGGCUCAGGAUAUUCUAGACACUUACAAGAAGGUUUUGAAUUUACUCAGAGAUACCGUGAUGUCCCAGACAAGAGAAAUGCUAUAGAAACCAGUGUCCUUCUCAGUGAAGGACAGGUUUUAGGGAACAAAUGGAAGAGUUGUAGCAAUUCUUGCCCUGACGGAGAGGUCCUUUGCAUCCGCAUGCACACGUGAGUGGUGUUCACCUCCCAGGGACCGGGGUGGAAGCUGCUGAGGGCACACUGGGUUUGGCUGAAGUCCGGCCUCUCUCACGCUGAUCACUCCCCGCUGCAGAGCAGAGAAGCAGUGAAUCUAGCCAUAGCUGAAGGAAGUAACAAAAAGGUAGCCACAAAGAGGCUUUUCUUGCCCUAAUUACUGAGUCUGUAAGCUGGUAGGAAAUGUAUAUAGAAAAGGUUUCUAAAUGGCAGGAUAUGGAACAAACAUGCAGUAGCUUUCCAAAGAAUUGUUUUCCUCAUUUUUUUAGGUGGUAAUCAACAUGACCAGGGCCACAGGAGUAUUUGCGAUCUGUUUCACACGGUAUUGUUGAGGCCAUCUUUAGUAUUUUAAAUGACUGUUUAAAUGUUUAUUUUAAUGUAUGUGAAAUUCUUAUGCCAUCCUCUUUCCAAAAACCUAAAGGACUAUGAUAGCAUGCUCUUUGAAGUUUUGAAUGGACAAGGAAUAUUUAGGACAGCAAACAUGAAGGAAAUUAUGUUACCGCCUUGGAUGGUGCUUAUGAAAUUCCUGUUUACCUUCCAGCUAGGUUGUCUGUGUCCAGAAUUAAUUAUUGUGAACAAUUUAUAUCAAUAUCACUCAUCACUGGAAAAUGUCAAACCCUUCCACUUGAGUUGCAUGAUGGAAUCCUUUAGAAAGUUCUUUCUUGGUCACUGCCAUCCUCAUUUGCAGAGGAUGAUGGAUUUGGUGUGUAUUAAUCACCACUAAUAAGGUGGUUAAAGCUGACAUUGGGGGCAAAGAUGCCCUGCAACAGAUGUUGCCUUCCCUUGAACUUGAGCAGGUGUCAGAAUCACCAGAAUCAUAGGGAACUGGGUCCCACUGCAGAGUCUCUGACUCAGUAGGUCUGGGGCAGAGUCUGAGACUUUGCAUUUCUAACUGGUGCUGCUGGUCUUGGGACUACAUUUUGAGAGCCACCGUCCUUAACUGUUAGGGAGGGUACUACAAGCGGUAGGAUAGGGCAGUAUAAUUAGUAUUAUGUCCUAUUUUACCACUUGUGGGGCUGAUUGGGUCAUAUGGUUGAUCAGAGAAUAUGCUUCCCUAGAGUAUUUUAACUGUCACUUUUGUUAUAAAAACUCUGCCACAGCCAGCCAGGAUGGCUGUGAUCAAGAGGAUGGGCAAUAACAAGUGUUGUCAAGGAUGUGGGGAAUUGGAACGCUCUGGUAGAAAUGUCAUAUGGUGCAGCUGCUUUGGAAAACAGUCUGGCAGUUGCCCAAAAAGUUAAAAAUAGAGUUGCCAUGACCCAGCAAUUCCGCUCCAGGUAUUUACCCAAGACAAUUGAAAACAUGUCUGUCUACGAAAAAUCUUGUACAUGAACAGUCAUAGUGACAUUCAUAAUAGACGAAAGAUGGAAAUAACCCAAAUGUUCAUCAACCGGUAAAUGGAUAAAGAAAAUGUGGUAUAUCCAUACAAUAAGAUAUUACUCAGCCAUGAAAAGGAAUGAAAUACUGAUACAUAUUCCAACAUAGAUGAACCUUGGAAACAUUCUAAUUGAAAGAAGCCAGUCACAAAAGACCACACGUUGUAUAUAUGCUUCCAUUUAUAUGAAAUGUCCGGAACAGACAAAUGCAUACAAAUAGAAGGUAGAUUAGUGGCUGGCAGGGGGUCAGGGGUGAAGAAUGGGGAGUACUUGCUAGUGAGUACAGAGUUUCUUUUUGGGGUGAUGAAAAUGUUUUGAAAUUAUAUAGUGAUGGUUGUAGAACUCUGAAUGUAUUAAGUAACUGAACUGUA